AUGACUCCGAGAACGAAAUCAAAUGGGCUCGCCUCGCUGGCGUGUACUGAAUGCAGGAAGCAGCAUCUGAAAUGCGAUGCCAGUAAACCAUCAUGUGCACGAUGUGUUCAAAAUGGGCUUCCCUGCCAAUAUCUACCCUCCCGGAGAGGAGGCCGGAGGAAAUCGCGACAAGAGAGUCCAUACUCACGCAACCCUGUGAAUGCAAGUGCCCCGUUUUUUCAGUCCUUGAAUUUCGAGAGAAUACUAAUCAGCCAACAGACUAGAUAUCAGCCUGUAGUACCCGGUUUGCCAGUUACUCCUGCGCAGUCCACAGGGAACCCUCCGCCAGGUGAGACGAGGCUGAGCAUUCCCACAGAGCCGGGCUCUUGGCCAGUGAUGCUUUCAAGGAGUUCUGCUCAGCCUAUAGAAUCAGUCAGCAAACACUCGCUUUUUGAUGAGCGACUGCCCCGGGUCUACUAUGAGAACUUUCAUGUCGCCCACCCGGUCCUGGUACCAAGUGCCAUGUACCAUGACCGGAAUUACCCUCGCUUCCUCCAGCUGGCAGUGCAUUUUGUGGGCUCGCACUAUAUUUCCUCAGUCUCCAGUGAGCCCUACAAAGAUCAGGUCAUCGCCGAGCUGAAGACCAACCCGGAUCGGUCGGCUUGCAUGGCGCAGGCUUGGCUCAUAUACUCCAUUGCUCUUUACGCGCGCGACGAAUGGCAAGAGGCACAAGAAGCACUCUCCAACAGUAUUGAUAUCGCUUUGGAGCUUGGCUUGAACCGCUGGUCAUUUGCUUCGUCUGCAAAUUCCGAAAGGUCCGUUGAGGCCGAGAGCAUGAGAAGAACAUGGUGGGAGCUGUAUGUCACCGACAUCUUCAUGGUGGUCCCUCUCAAAACGACAUCGUUCCGAUGUAGCAUGGUCUCGCCAGAGGUUGCUCUCCCAUCUGAAGAGUCGGCUUACAACAGCGGAAGCGAAGUUCCGAAACCACGACUGAUGAUCGAAUUCAAGCGGAGAAUCCUUGCAGCAGAGGACACUGUUUUCUCAUCUUUCAGCUACCGCAUCGAGGCCACCACCAUCUUAUCUCGAGUUCUUGUGCUGAAUCGCAUGCGAGAUUGCCACCGGGACCAUCUCCAAGCCGUCGAGAAUGCUCUAGUAAGCUGGAUCAAUCAUCUACCUCCAAAAAAGCUCGACAUUGUCGACUCGUAUGGAAACGUAGAUGAAAUGAUGUUCCAAGCACACCUGACAAUAGCCUAUGCCGCCAUGCUCCUGCAUCUCCCACGGAGUGAUCUCCCCGCCGUCCUAUCCCAAUCCCAACCCGACGACAGAUUCUGGCCCGGUCUAACAGGCCAACUAUCCUCAACCUUCAGCCGUCUCGUGCACAGCAUCAAAGCCACCGAGGCCUCAAGACGCAUCUCCGAUUCCAUUUCCAUCUGUCCAAAUGUCUCAAAACACACCCCUUUCAUCAUUCCCGCCUUGGCUCUCUGCGGCCUAAUCCAGCUCGCUACCUCAACCAGUCAUUCGGAAGAAUGCUUCGACCACCAUUGUAAUAGAGUCACUCUCAUUCUAGGAUGUCUCAAAAGCACCCAGCGAACAUGGAAACUCACCGAAUCCGUCUACCAUGGUCUCCGAUCUUCCGCCUCAGAGGUCCUAUCAGAAUCCAUGGCAAAAUGGAACGCAGAACCACUCCAUCGUCUCACACCGGCAGCAACAACCCCCAGCGAUGACCGCCCCAUCAGCAGAAACCAAAUGGCUGCAAUGCCAGACGGUCACGACUUCAUGCCUCCGGAGUUUACCCCUGCUUUCAUCGACCCGUCUUGCUACAAUGCUUCCUUCUUCAGUGCUAUCCCUGACUUUGAUAUUAAUUAG